ACUGUGAAAAGGAGAGCCUCAGAAGCCAGGCUAAGAAAUACAAUCAGUAGAACAAUAGUUAUGGCUACAGAAAUCCUGAAAAACAUACAGGAAGAGGUAACCUGCCCCAUUUGCCUGGAACUCCUAUCAGAUCCCUUGAGCCUGGACUGUGGCCACAGCUUUUGUCAAACUUGCAUCACUGCAAAUAGCCAGGAGGUCAGCUCAGCAGAAAAGAACAGCUGCCCAGUAUGUAGAACCACUUACGAACCUGGAAACAUGAGGCCUAACCGACAUCUGGCCAAUGUAGCAUCAAAGCUCAGAGAAGUCAAGUUAAGUCCAGAAAUAGAAGAGAAGAAAGAUCUCUGUGCACACCAUGGAGAAAAGUUACUGCUGUUCUGUAAGGAGGACUGGAUGUUCAUUUGCUGGCUUUGUGAGAGAUCUCAAGAACACCGUGAUCACCACACCUUCCUCAUUGAGGAGGUAGCCAAAGAAUGCCAGGAAAAACUACAGGCAAAUCUGGAGAGUCUGAGGGAGAAACAGCAGAAAGCUGAGGUGUUUGAAACUGCCCUCAGAGAAGAGAAAACUUCCUGGAAGAAACAAAUAGAAAUUGAGAUACAAUGUGUCCAGAAAGAGUUUAAACAACUGAGAGAUAUUAUAGAUGUGGAAGAACUAAAGGAACUGCAAAAGCUGAGGCAAGAAGAUGAAAACAUUUUUCAUAACCUGGAAGAGUCUGAGAAAGAAUUGGUUCAACAGAAACAGUUAUUACAAGACCUCAUCUUAGAUAUGGAGCACACACUUCAAGCAUCAAUGAAAGAGAUGCUGCAGAAUGUGAAUGGCAUCAUAAAAAGGAGUGAGACCUUGACUUUGAUAGAGCCGAAAUCUUUCCCCCUGGAAAAACGCAAGGUUUUCCAAGCACCUAAUCUGGGAAGCAUACUGCAAGAACUUAAUGUUCAAAUGGACCUGAAAGAUCCUGGAAAUAACCCAGCUAUUGCCAUUUCUUCAAAUGGAAGAGAAGUGAAACUUGUGUCCUAUCAGAAUACUUCCCAUCAGAAAAUUUCAUGUAAUAGUUGCAAUAAUUAUGUCCUGGGCUCUCAAGCUUUCAAAUCAGGGAAGUAUUACUGGGAGGUGGAUGUGUCAAAAAAACAGGAAUGGGUGGUGGGGAAAACUGUGAAAAGGAGAGCCUCAGAAGCCAGGCUAAGAAAUACAAUCAGUAGAACAAUAGUUAUGGCUACAGAAAUCCUGAAAAACAUACAGGACGAAGUAACCUGCCCCAUUUGCCUGGAACUCCUAUUAGAACCCUUGAGCAUGGACUGUGGUCACAGCUUCUGUCAAACUUGCAUCACUGCAAAUAGCCAGCAUUUCAGCCAAGCAGAAAAGAGCAGAUGCCCAGUGUGUAGAACCACUUAUGAGGCUGGAAACAUGAGGCCUAACCGGCAUUUGGCCAAUAUAGCGUCAAGGCUCAGAGAAGUCAAGUUAAGCUCAGAAAUGGGAGAGAAGAAUGAUCUCUGUGCCCACCAUGGAGAAAAGUUGCUGCUAUUCUGUAAGAAGGACUGGAAGUUUAUCUGCUGGCUUUGUGAGAGAUCUCAGGAACAUCGUGGUCACCACACCUACCUCAUUGAGGAGGUAGCCAAGGAAUGCCAGGAAUAUCUACAGGCAAAUCUGGAGAGUAUGAGGGAGAAACAGCAGAAAGCUGAGGUGUUUGAAACUGCCCUCAGAGAAGAGAAAACUUCCUGGAAGAAACAAAUAGAAACUGAGAUUCAAAGUGUCCAGAAAGAGUUUAAACAAAUGAGAGAUAUUAUAGAUGUGGAAGAAUUAAAGGAAUUGCGAAAGCUGAGGAAAGAAAAUGAAAACAUUUUCCAUAACCUGGAAGAGUCUGAGAAAAAACUGGUUCAACAGAAACAGUUAUUACAAGACCUCAUCAUAGAUAUGGAGCGCACACUUCAAGCAUCAAUGAAAGAGAUGUUGCAGAAUGUGAAAGACAUCAUAAAAAGGAGUGAGACCUUGACUUUGACAGAGCCAAAAUCUUUCCCCCUGGGAAAACGCAAGGUUUUCCAAGCACCUGAUCUGGGAAGGAUACUACAAGAACUUAAUGAACUGAAAAAUAUGCAGCGCUACUGGGGUAGGUAA